CGCAAGGGCUGGGCUCACAGAAUCCUUUGUGACGCCGCUGGGGCCCUAGAGCUACUGUUAGACAUUGGGAGCCGUGGUUCAGACCACACCGCAGCUUCACCUGGAGCGCAGCAAGGUGGUUAUUUGUCGGCCCAGCCCUCCCGCGGGGCCCUUUACUCCCCAAACAUGGCAUCCUCCAGCACCUCGCACCGGCCAAUCAAGGGAAUCCUGAAAAACAAAGGCUCCACUGCUUCUGCGGUGGAUGCUUCUACUCAGGAACCCGGAGGGGCCCGCCAGGAUGUCCAGAGGAAGAAGUCCCAGAAGUGGGAUGAAUCCAACAUCUUGGCAACCACGUACAAGGACUACGAUUUCCUGAAGAUAAACGAACCGAGCACUACCUGUGUCACUGUGCGAGAUGAGAGGGAAGAUCCAAUGCGUGAUGUCAAAGCAAAGGAAAGCAUGUCCGUGGACAUGUUAGCCAAGAAACUUGCAGCCACUCACACUUCUGAUCACUGCUAUCAAGUAGAAGAGCAAGAGAGCUGUGAGGCGCACACCAGCAAGUUCUCAUUCCAGAAACAAGAAAAGCAGCGGCAAUUUGAGAUGAAGAGGAAGCUGCACUACGACGAGGGACUGAACAUCAAAUUGGCAAGACAACUGAUCUCAAAAGACCUACAGGAUGAAGAUGUCUGUGACAGUGAAGAAAGCUUCUGCCUGACCACUGAAGAAAAGACUACUACAAAAGAACCGGCAGAGGCUUCCACCGGUGACGAACUGCCAAUGCCAUAUGGCCACGAGUAGAAGACGUCUCUUCAUCGCCACCAUCUUUGUUCAGAGACUCUGCCACUAUUGACGAACUGCUUGUUCUUAGAACUCAUAUUACCAGUCCUGAACUACUUAACACUUAAAUUGCACUGCAGAAACUAAAUGGGAAUGUUUGGACAAUAAGGAAAUGCCUACUAUCUGCUUAUUGUCAUUGUGUUUAUUUAAAACAAAUACAGAUCUUGACAUUAAAUUAUUUGUUAGUGUGUAUAUUCUAUAGCU